UAAGAAUUUUAAAAUAUGGCGGAUAAAUGUUGCAAUUAAUAUAAUUCCAAGAAUGUCAUCAAGUACUGACAAAAAACUCAAGAUCUACGUAUAAUUUUUCACAGAAAUUUAACUCUGAUGUGUUGAGAAGAGCUAAAAAUCAUUGUAUUGCAAUUCACGGAGGUAUUUUGUUCGACAAUGGUCAAUGGCGCUGGAGUCAUCACAAAUUAUUAUAAUUAAUUAAACACUGUUUAUGUAUUUGUUUAUAAACAACUCUUUUGGGAGUUAUCUUUAGUAGCUCAUUAUGUUUCGUGGAGUGAAUUUUAAACAAAGGCUAUUCUAUCUGAUUGUCAUCAUCCUGAUUUUAGCCAUUGUGGUUUUAUUUUUAUGGUCUGGAAGUGACCAUGAUUCACUUGCAGAAACAACCAACAACAAAGUUACUGUUGAUUCUCAAACUGUAGCUUCUAAUAUACCAUUGCCUUUGCCAUCCAUUCAGAAUUGCCGAAUGCAUACGAACGAUUGCUUUAACAUCUAUCGCUGUGGUUAUAACGAGGGGGAUAAAAUUAGUGUUUAUGUCUAUCCAUUUACAAACUAUUUUGACGAGCAAGGGCAUCAGGUUUCGCCGCCAUUUUCAAGGGAAUUUUAUGACUUGGUUAUGGCCAUUAAGGAGAGCAAUUAUUACACAUCGGACAUGGACAAGGCAUGUAUUAUAGUACCUCCACUCGAUAUGUUGAACCAGAGAAGAAUUAACGUCAAAUAUGCUGGGCAGAUACUAAACAGUUUGCCAAGGUAUAUAUGUGUAUUUUUGUAGCUUUGGUUUAGAUUUUGAAUAAUUCAUGGUUCAGGCCCAUUGCAUGGUGCUUCCAUUUUGGCUAAAAAAAAUGACAGGUUUCCUCCAACUUAAGCCCUCCAGUUUUUCCCACAAUGGUUGCCCUAACUGGACCGAGUGGCAGUUUUCAUGUAGAACUGAUAGAGUUUCCCAUGCAGUGUACACUUAUGUCAGUUUACCCUUUAAUGAUACAUCCUUCCGGAAAGUAUGUUACUUUGGCUUUAGGGCCUUGUUUUUGUGCAUGUGGCAUUUAUAAUAUAGUCAAACCCAAACGUCUCGAUCAAAAAAAUGAGGUGCUCUAAAGACAUGAGGUACUCCUCUCAAAGGUGGUGACAUGAGUUGCUCCUCAAUGAGGUGCUCUAAAGACAUGAGAUCACAAAAAUGAGGUGCUCUAAGUGACAUGCCAGACGAUUUUACUCGUCAAGGGGAGAGCACUGGUGCUCAUGCAAUUAGUUAAUGAGGCUUAUAAAUCUUCCUUUGUGUCUAGUUAACCCAUUGAGUUGCAUUGCAUAUCCUACUGUACUCCGCUUUGUUAUUUUACUCUGUCUAUAAGCGCCAGACAAUAGACCUUAGUUUAUAAAAAGGUUGACGUCAGCAUGCUUGCGACAUAGUUUGCGGAGAAAUUCCCGAAAGCUCAGAGUUGUUUACUUGUUUUGAGUUUUUUAAGAGCCAAAAAAAGCCAGUAUUAUGGUAAGUUUGAAGUAAAUUUUUCUAUAUAUAGGCCCAAUGAGUUUUCAUAUUCGUUAGAGUUUAAAUUUUAUUUGUUUUUAUAUUAGAUUGUACAUUUAUUUACUGUCAACAUUUAGCAAAUUGUUCGCUCAGUCUGUUUACAUAUUUCGUUGCUAAAAAGUAUAUUUUUUUCUUUUUUGUUUCUCAAAUUCAUCAGUCUAAUCAUCAGAAUGGCCCAACCUGGCAAAACCUUGAUAGGAAAUUAAAGCUAGAUUGUUGACCCAGACGGCACGGAAAGUGUUAUACACGAUUGAUAAAAGCUACUUGUCAUGUAUGUUAACUUAACUAUUUAUCGAUAAAAUAAUAGACUUAGUCUUUGUUUAUAUGUCUAAGUUCACUUAUGACUUAUGUACCUCUUUGCACGAUCACUGAGCCUGUGUAUUGCUGUCUACAGCUUGAUUGGGGCCAUUCUGAUGAUUAGACUGAUGAAUUCGAGAAACAAAAAAGAAAAAUUCUACUUUUUAGCAAAGAAAUAUGUAAACAGACCGAGCGAACAAUUUGCUAAAUGUUGACAGUAAAAUAAAUGUCCAAUCUAAUAUAAAAUCAAAUAAAAUUUAAACUCUAACGAAUACGAAAACUCAUUUGGCCUGUAUAUAUAGAAAAAUUUACUUCAAACUUAACCAUAAUACUGGCUUUUAAAAAACUCAAAACAAGUAAACAACUCUAAGCUUUCGGGAUUUCCUCCGCAAACUACGUCACAAUCCUGCUGACGUCAACCUUUUUAUAAAGGUCUAUUGUACUUGUCAUUGGGAGGGCACUGGCACUCAAUGGGUAAUCAGACUAUACGGUCAGUUGUAUUUCUUAGUUGGAGACAGCUUGGUGGGAAGAACCAUCUCAUCUUCAACAUGAUUCCAGGUCAGAGUCCAGAUUUUAACACAUCCUUAGACGUUCAAACGGACAAAGCAGUCCUCGCCAGUGGCAGCUUUUCAUCUUCAUCUUAUCGACCUGGAUUUGAUAUCAGUAUACCUAUCUCUAAUUCAUUGACACAACAUUAUCUUGGUGAACAAAACAUACGGUAAAGUUGGUUUUAAAUUCCUUCUAGGUUAGAUUAGGUUUGUAUGCAAAAUAAGUGUUCAUAAUUAUUGUUCAAUAACCAGAGCCCCUGGUUAUUUAUACACCGACAUUAGUGUGGUUAUAAUUUAACCAGUCGUCAAGUAUGACUGGAAAUCUUGAAGUACUCAAAUUGAAGCUAUGUUUAAUUGUCAAUCUUAUUUCUUAGAAAGAGCACCAAGAAAUGGUUUUUGUUAUCAGCACAAGCGAAUUAUAACCCAAACUACCGACCAACACUUGAAAAUCUGGCUGCUUUGAGAGAGAAUGUUUUAGUUUUAAAUAGAUGUAUAAAAGAUGAUCGGAUAUAUUCACGAUGUGAUGGAGAGCUUUUGUCGUACAAGUAUCCUCAAAUAUUGCAGGUAACCAUUACAGGAUAUAGCCAUUGUGCAUAACCAUAUGUGUACAAUUUUUAAGCACAUCUUUGAUUUGUGGUAGUUUCAACUUGUCUUAUUGUUUCACGCAUGUAAUUACCCUAAUGCAGCAUUCACAUUUGACCCUUCAUUUCUUUUCCAAUAGUCUUCCACAUUUUGUUUGGUUAUUCGUGGUGUGAGGUUGGGUCAAUCUUCGUUGCUAGAUGCUUUAAUGAUGGUAAGUUCCGUAUUAGAAAUUGCAUUCUCAAGGUUAUACUGGAACUGAGAACGAUUGGAAUGGGAAAACCUGUGUACCAUUGUACAGUUGUAGUUGGACAUUUCACAGCGGUGAAAUAAAGUUCUUCAAGAACAACAACAGUCAACAGAGCAACUUUUAAUAGAGAAUUUGUCUUUAAGAAAGUGCAGUAUUCAACGUGUUUUAUAUGAAUUUUAGGGUUGUAUUCCUGUGAUUAUUGCUGACAACUACGUGUUGCCUUUCUCUGAAGUGAUCGACUGGCCAAGGUGAGAUAAGACGGGUUUUAAGUGAAAAAGAGAGAAGAACAGUGUCUAAUUAGCUCAUGCAUGCGUGCAAUAUAUGCCGUCGUCUGGAUAUGAUUUUUUCCAUACGGCAAGACGAUUAAGGAGCAUUUAUACAUUCAAAAUUUUUACACAUACUGUACGUCAUAGGAGAAUCAUAAAGAAGUCAUUAUAUCAUACUUCUUUAUCUGCCAUUUGUGACAUUGUGAAAUCUACGGUAAAUUUUCCACAAUCCGAAAUCAUCAAACACUUUUGUUCAGCUUUGCAUGUAGUUUAAUUUUACCAAACAUCGCACGUUUUUCUUCGGCUCCAGGUUUCUCCUACGUGUAGAAAUACUACGGUGGAUAGUAUAAGAUAUACCUGGUAUAAAUAUGGUUUAGAUUAUUUAGCUUUUUUCUUCCCCUCCCCGCCUGCAUUGUGCCCUUGAAAAUUCAUUUAACACAAGGCUUUGUAUUGCAGGGCGGCGGUGAUAGUACGCGAAGAACAAAUCUCGAAUGUGUAUGAAAUCUUGACGAGUUAUACUCCACAAGAGAUUACCGAUAUGGUGAAACAGGUUCGAGGAAUAGUUUAGUUUAAGAGGAGAUUUUUUUGUAUGUUACGUAACACGCGCUCAAAACUAAUGCGUAUAUAAUAUAUACCACUUGAGGUUAUGACUAAAUUCAAAAUUUUUAUUUUUCGAUAAUCGAUACGUUUCUCAAUCGGCAAACAAACUUAAAAAGUAUGUUUAGUGCUUUAUCUGUAAAAUAAUGCUAAAAUGAAGAGAUUUUAGAUGAUACGCCAAAGAGAAAAUGAUGUCUGAAGUUCAGUAAGUUUUGCUUAUAUAUGGCUGUAAAUAUGGCGUCAAUUUUGAAGCAUCUUUGAUAAUUGUAUUUUAAUUGACAAUUUUUAACUAUUAUUUUAUGUUUCUCAACCGGCAGAUGCAUUUAAAAAGGUAGCUAACUCUAUAAACUAGAGAAUAAAGCUAAAACAAAGUAACUUUGAGAGGAACGCCAAAAAGAUUUUAGGUUUUGAACACUUUUCAUUGCAAAUACGUGACAUUGAAAAAAAUUAUAUAACUAAAAUUUUGAUCUUAGACAAGUCUAGACAAAAAUUUCAUCACAGCUUGAAAGAGCAUCACAAAAUUAGUAAUAUUCCAAAGUUUCGUUGUGAAAUGUUGUAAAAUGCGGAUCAUGUAUAGCCCUGCGGAAUUUGCAAUUUUCAGUCAUUUUGUAUUACAAACGGGAAAUUGAUGCCCCAACACCCGGUUGGGCUGUCAAUUUCCCAUGCGUAAUACAAAAUGACUGAAAAACGGCAAACUUCGCAAGGCUAUAUUAUCCGCAUUUUACAACAUUUCGCAACGAAACUUUGGAAUAUUACUAAUUUUGUGAUGCUCUUUCAAGCUGUGAUGAAAUUUUUGUCUAGAUCAAAAUUUUAGUUAUAAGGGGAAAGGUCCAUUGAUAAGGGAUUCGAAGUACCUACGAUUUUAACUUACUUAUCCGACGACGCGAAAGUCUGACCAUUUUACUGAUAUCAAUGUAAAGGUGGUACUUUCUCCUCAAUUAUUUUAAGAUCUUGAGUAGAGGUACAGUACGACCAAGGAUUGAACCCGAGUCUCUCAGCUUGAAAGGCAAGCAUGGUGACCACGACACUACAAAUGAUGUAGAUCCGUUAAUGACUGUUAUUAUAUACACAAGGUCUGGAUAUGAGGUAUUCUGCAAUCUGAUUGGUUCUCUACUAGCAGGAUAUUUAUAGCUCAUAUCCUGCUAGUAGAGAAAACGGCAGGUUGUCGCUUUUUAUAGCCUUCACAGGAUUAAAAACACAAUGAAAAAACUCCCACAAAUUGUUUUCAGGUUAGCAAAUAAAUUUUUAAUAUUUAAAAUGGUUAAAAAUAUAUAUUUUUGAAAAAAUAAUCGGCCGAAAUCGCGACGAUAAAAACAUAAACAAAAUAGAAAAAUAUUGAAAAUAUUCGAAAAGCAAAGUCUGUUAAUUCCGACCUUGUGUAUAUAAUAAAACAGUUAUUCCACUCACUCUCGUCAAAUAUCAGCGAUAGCCGAUUCGGCGCUAUAUAUGCGCCUCAUCGGCUAUCAGCUCAUAUUCGACUCGAGUUCGUAGAAUAACUGUUAAUUAGAUUGCAACUUGACCUACCAAUUUGUUGUUGACAGUCGACAUCUUCCCUUUAAUUUUAUAAAAUCAUACAGGUCAACUAUAUAUAUAUAGGACACUAUAUUUAGAGAGCUGCCGGAUGAGAGAAAUACAAUUACUUGAAAAAUAUAAGCCGAACUUCAACGAAGGGCCUUUGCUAGUCGUAUCCAGGGCAGGAAAAUAAUUUUCUUCCUGGGAACACAACCUGGAGACAAAAAAUUCCUGCAGACCAACGGAGUAUUUUUGUGCUAAAUCUGCAUGUGCAUGCAUAUAAGGGAAGCAUAUAGUGUUCUAGCUGACCAUGGUUUUAAAUUCUAGGAAUAAUGUCUGCCAACCAUACGUUGUUGCGUCCAUAGUGGGACAUGGGUGUUAAGGUUUCCUUCAAAUUUUCAAUAGCAAAUCUUUAUUCAAACGAAUUUCCUGCAGCUGUUUAACAUUUCCUGCGAACAGUGUGCGCGUGCUCGCCUAUUUUUCCACCCCUGGUCGUAUCCCUUUCGAACCGCAUUAGCUCUCUUGUUAUCAGUGUCGCCGUAGUGGCAAUCCAGGUUUUAAAGGAAAUCAUCUACAUUGUAAUAUGUCGGUUUUUUGUGUCAACAUUACAGGUCAACCAUCUGUGGAGUAAUUACUUUAGCUCAAUGAAGAAGAUUACCCUUACUACGAUUAAGAUUAUCAAUGAUAGAGUUUUUCCUAAUUCUGCCUGGUCCUACGAAGUAAGUGACGUUAUUUCGGGUAAUAGUAACAUCAAAAGUCACCCGUUAUUAUCUCCACCAGGAAGUUAUGUUCAUCUACGUGCAUGUGUUUUUUUUAUUAAUAUUUAUUUUCAGGAAGCUUUCUCACAAAGUGGUUUUCAGAAAGGUCCUGAACUAAAUAAAAAAAUUUACAAGGAAGACAUGCAUAUACUACUCAACAACUAUCAAACAUUUUCCGUGUUGAAGGAAGAUAUGCACGCUGUAUACUACUUACAGUAACAAAUAUAAAACAUUUUCCGUGUUGAUAUACAGUUAUAUCAACACGAGUGGGAAUGGACCAUUUGCGUAAUAGACUAAAUUUUGAUCUAAACAAGUCUAGACCAAAAUUUCAUCACAGCUUGAAAGAGCAUCACAAAAUUAGUAAUAUUCCAAUGUUUCGUUGCGAAAUGUUGUAAAAUGCGGAUAAUAUAGCCUUGCGAAGUUUGCCGUUUUUCAGUCAUUUAGAUUACAAACGGGAAAUUGACAGCAUCAAAGGGUUUGGGGCUGUCAAUUUCCAAUUUGUAAUCUAAAAUGACUGAAAAUUGCAAAUUUCGCAAGGCUAUAUUUUCCGCAUUUUACAACAUUUCGCAACGAAACAUUGGAAUAUUACUAAUUUUGUGAUGCUCUUUCAAGCUGUGAUGAAAUUUUUGUUGAGAUCAAAAUUUAGUCUAUUACGCAAAUGGUCAAUUGGGAAAACGAGAAAUUGUGAGUGUUUUCACACAAUUUCGAGUUUUCCCAAUUUCCACGAGUGAUAGAACUGUAUACGGAAAAAAGUUAUAUAUAUUUUUUUAUAAUAUAGCACAAAGAAAUAUAAAGAAAGAAAAUUUCCGUGUUGACAUUGAGUUAUAUAUCAACACGGCUCGUAGCCAAUUAGCGUUCAAUUUACAAAUGCUACAUGCAGUGUAUUAUAAAUAACUAUGAGGAAUAUUUAAAUAAUUAUACGAGGGAAAGUUCAAAGAUUGCUAAAAAAGUUUCUCCUAAAUGUAUAUAUGUGUGUGCAUGUUUGCCUGCAUGUGAGUACGAUAACUCAACAACUAUCAAAUAUAUUAAUACAAGAAUUUGUGAGAUUAAUGGCCAUUGCCCGAGGACAAAUUGAUAAAAUUUUGGUUAAAUUUGGACGGAAAUUGGACGGGAAAUUAGCAAAAGUUUGUCUUGCUUUACUGGGCAGAGUAAACGGAAUGUGGAAUUAGCCCGUUGUGUAUAACGCAUGCGUGAUACAUAACUUCAAACGCUCAUUAAUAAUUCAUAAGCUUAUUGGCAAAUCAUGUCAACUAUAAUACAGGGAUGGAUCCAGCAUGAUCUGGCCGGUAGGGGGGGGGGGGGCUGCAAAUUUUUUUAGCGACCCCUAUUUAAAAAAAUUUUCCGGAAAAAUUUUUUUUCGGAGAGCAAUGACCUCUUCCCCCUCCCCCCCGUCGACAACUUUUUAGGGAAAAAAUUUUUCCGGACGAGUACGUUGCAAUUGGUUUCCAGUGACUUUACCCGUCUAUCAACUUGUUCCACUACUGCAAAAAAAGUCUUGCUUGACUACAGUUUUUGAAUUGUAAUUGUUGUUCACAGUUCGCUUAUCAUCAUGUUAUUACUCAAAUUACUGAAUCUCAUUUUGUCUCUAAUAAUUUUUUGCUUUAUCAUGAAAAAUAGCACCCCCCCCCUGCAUCCAUCCCUGCUAUAAUAUGUCACGUGCAGUGGCUUAAACUCGCAGAUCGUGUUUUAUUAGGUCUAAAGCCACUCGCGCUGCGUGCUCGUGGCUGGAAACCUAAUAAAACACUCAUGCUUGUUUGUUAAACAGUAUACAUAAUUCACUGGCAUGCAGAGACUGGGAUUAGAAUACUAGGAUAAUCGUUAUGAUUACGAUCAUAAGGUUUUCCAACGGUAUUAGAUAGAUUCAUAUUUGAUUCCCAUUAUACCGUUAACCAAUAAGAUGCGUUUGAUCUAUCCGAUUAACGAAUCAAAUACGUAUUAAACCAGUGAAAUGUAUAGCUGUAAUGGAAGUCAAAUCUGAACCUCACUAUCGUAUGGCUGAAAGGCAUCGUUAUUCUCCAAUCUCUUGUUAGGAUUGGAACACUCCGAAUAUACCUCCAUCUGGCGAAGCUAAGGUAUGAUCUACUUAGGUUACUGUGGCUAUAAUUUCCAUUCGGC